CAUGGCCAUCCUACGCCACUACGUCCUCCCCACGCUGGCCCAUCGUGAUGGCCCACUACGCUGGCCGAUCGUGUAGAGCCGCAAUAAUUUGUUUUCUGUGGUUUCGAAACAAAGAAGAAGUAAACUUUAUUUACUCAAUGUUUUUGUUGUGAUCACGUUUUGUGGAUAUUUUGGCGAAACAGUAACACUAAGAUAAAUAGUUAAAAGUUUGUUAAAAGUAUGGAAGUGAAUACACCACAUAACGAAAGUUAUUGGUUUGUUGUGAGAGAAGAUCAAAAUAAUGUUGUAUUGAGUAGGUUCAGUGGUAACAAUUUUGCCAUCCAAAGUCCUCAAAUUCCAGGCCCCGAAGCUCGAUAUAUCUUAGAGCCUUCCGUGAAUCAACAGUAUACCCCAGUUAGCAUACCGUCAGAGGACGUUCCCAAAACAUACGCUAAAGAGAGCACAGCUAAUAAAGAUGGGGAGAACUUCUGGGAUAGAAACAAAGUCAAACUGUUCCUCAGUCUGUGUCUUAACGACAGUUUCAGAGAUGAAACAAAGAGCAGACCGCUCUGGAACGAAAUCGCCCUGCACAUUGGUACAACGCCAGAGGAGUGCGAUAAAAAAUACCGAAACCUUCGACGCACUUUCCUGAGAUUACUAAAAAAGAAGAGAUUAGGAAAAGGUAUAAAGUGGGUGCACUACCACGCUUGCGAGGAGGUGUUCAAAGACUGUAAAACGAUGUCGCCCGCCAUCUUAGAGCCGUGGGAGGACUCCAAGAUACGACGGCUCUUAACUCUGUAUAUUGAAAACAUCAACAGGUUCCGAAGCUCAGAGUGGCUACAGAAAGAUGUGUGGAAGGAAAUAGCGAUUCAACUCCACACUACAGAGUACAACUGUUACCAUAAAUUCAAAAACUUGAAAAGAACAUACUUCAAUUAUGUCGAGAAAGGGAAUGAAUCUGGAAAGAUAAAGUGGCCGUACCACCACUAUUUUGAAAGAAUAUUUUACAACUACCAACCUGGCGAGAAGCCCUGGAGUAGAAACAAGGUGAAGGUGCUCAUUUCUGCAUACACAGAAAUAGCUGAGAAGUUCAAGAGCACUAAAUACCAGAAGAAGGAGCUCUGGAAGGAGGUGGCGAGAAAGGUCGGGGAACCUGCCGGCAGCUGUGACAAGAAGUUCAGGAACCUCAAACAGACGUACCUCAGAUUGAGACGUAAAGCCAUCUCCGGACGAUGCAUCACAAAAUGGCGGUACUACAAUGACUUUGUAAAUUUAUAUGAAAACGAGCAUUCUGCACUAAAUAUACCAACAGAUGAGGUAUUUAAGCCUGUCGAAGAAGAUUAUGUCAAACACCUGCUCAGGUUUUACAUAGAAAACAAGAAGAAAUUUAGGGACCCACUAGUGAAAAAGAAAAACUUGUGGAAACAGAUAGCUCCUAAAAUAGGUUACUCCCCCGAAGAGUGUGACAAGAAGUUUCGGAAUUUAAAACAUACCUACCUAAGAUUGGCAGAGAAAAAAUCUGCAACAGGCAAAGCCGUCACUUGGCCCUACUUCUCCGAUUUUGAAGAAAUUUAUGGUGAACCGAACUCAGCCCGAAUGCAAGUCAAGCAGGAGUGUAAUGUUGACAAUGCAAUGCUCUCAGAAAUAAGGAAUAUAGUCCACACUGCAACUGACAGUAACGAUAGAGAUAAGUUUGAUAAAUUAGUAAAAGCUGUUGAAGAGUCUAACAACAUACAACGGGAAAGAAAUAGAAUAUUACAAUUAAUGUUGGAUCGAAUGCCAAAUUAAGUAUGAGGAAUCUUAUUUUAU